CCAUGAUUUAAUAGAGAGAGAGAGAGUGAGGAGCUGUGUGUGUCUGUGCGUGUGUUUGUGUACGUGUGUCAGAGAGUGUGAACCUGCAUGUACUUCCCGGUUUUAGAGAGUACAGUUAUUGUGCUAUGCUGUGUAGGGAACCUACCGGCAUAUUAAUAAUUGUGUGUGGAUGAACGUAUAUGUGUAUGCGUGCGAGUCGGCAAUUUGCGAGUGAAUGUUUGUGUGUAAAUAUCUUUUUUUUUUGGAAUAGCGCAAAAAUUGUUACAAAAUAGGUGGUGAUGUAAACUUUUGGGUUGAUUCAACAAACAGUAGGUAACUUCACUGCAGAUGAUAACUUGAACAUAGAUUAACACUAUACACACACACACACACACACAUACACACUCGACCCUGUCUGUCACCCCUAUUACCUGUCGCUACCUCACUUCCUUCUGAUUGCAGUCGUGACUGAAGCCGUUCUUCACAGUUCUACCGCCUACACACUCUACUGUCACUCUCUCCCCUUCUCUCCCCCUCUUCCUCUCUUCCUUUCUCUCUAUCUCUCUCUCCCUCUCCCUCUCCUACCACCCCAUCUAUCUGCUCUGCAGCUCUCCCUCUUCUCCCUUUCUUCCUGCCCCAUUUUCUCUCCAUCUUCCUCUCAAUUUCCUCCUCAGCAUCCCAGAUGUUGAUGCAUUGAUGUAUCAGUAGCUGAAAUUUCCGCGGAGGAUUUUUUUAAUUAAUAAUUUUUUUUUUGCUGGGGAUGGUGUGUUCCAGAUUGGCACCUUGGCCCUUUAAACGCAGGCAAAGUUUCCUACUGAACCAUUUUUCUGGUUGCCAUAGCAAUGAGCAAGGACUUGGAGAGGUGCAGCGGUAUUAGAAUGCAGUGACAGAGCUUACCAUGUGAAUUCUCACACAUUCAGAUAUCAGGACCCUCUGAAGCUGUGUACACACACACACACACACACACACACACACACACACACACACAUACACCUUCAAACAUAUCACAGGUUUGACUCAGCGAGCCACACAAGGAGAUUGUAAUCGGAGAUGUAUGGGCUAUUGCAUUUGACUGAUGCUUUUAGCUUACUGUAUGUGUGUGUGAGAGAGAGUUUGUUUUAAAGUGUGUCAGCCACUCCUAAUGUUGCAUAGCUUAGUACUGUGAAACUGAGCUGAGUCUGUUGAUGGGUUCAAUUGACCUUAAACAGCACUACAAAUUCAUCAGGACAUCCGUGUUUCAGGAAAUUAAGUGAGGUGUGUGUCUGGAAGCAAGUGAGUGAGCAAGUGCGUGUUCUUUUAAGUUUGUUAAUUAUACUUUGGGUUGUGUGUGUGUGUGUGUAUCUGUGUGUGUGUGUGUGUGUGUGUGUGUGUGAGUGGAAGGUGAGUGUAUGUAUUGUUUUAGGGAAAAGCGGGCUAUCUGCACCCCACAGUCCUUCCUUCUCUUCCUGUAAAAACAUCCCGAGGACCCUCGGUCCAAUCCCGACAGGAAGUGAGGCUGAGAUCACAGGAAGUGGGUUGCAUGGCCAGAAGGGCCGGGUCUCAAAACAGGCCCAUGGAAGUGUCUAGAAGAUAGGUGUGUCCUUAGGCUCAGAAUAAGUAUUUCUCCCUCAGGACAUUGCUGUGUGAGUGUCUUUUAUGUAAAUAUAGGUAAAAGCAAGUGUGGUAUUACCAGUUGCCCAAAAAUAAACAUAAAUGUAAACUCUGUGUUAAAGUGGGAUUAGUUUCUGUGUAAUUCAUAUCUUCUUUCUUUCAUAUCACUGAAUUUCAUGACAAAACUAAAUAAGAAGUAUGUGUCUCUGUGUGUGUGUGUGCGUGUGUGUGUGUGUGUUUGAGGGAGUCAGUGAGUGAGUGAGUGUGGGCACUCAUAAAGUCUUCUGUGUGGUCAGUAUGUUUGUCCAGUGUGUGUUGGGUGAAAGAGAUGUGUGCGUGCGUGUGUGUGUAUAAGUGUGUCCAUAGUGGCCUGAGAUAGAAAAAUGGAUUGGUCUCUUUAUUGGUUAGGUCUCACUAGUCCUUGGGAUUGGUGCAAUGACUCUGUGGACGUGUCCCUGAUUGGGGCUAGUGUGUGAAUGUUGGUAGGAACCCUUCCUGUCUCAGUUUCCUUUCUCUUGUGGACUUUCCUGCUCUUCCAUAUGCAGCUACAGGGCUGGGCUCUGGCUUCCUGAAAUCUCAGUUUAGACUGUGAGCAAAGUCGCGUUGCCAGGCCAAGGAGACAAAUUGGGAUCCCUGAAAGAAUUUUUCCUCAAAAUAUUUGUUGGAAUACUGGAAUCAGAUGAGUUUCGAUUCUGGCAAUGUAGUUUUUUGGAUACUACUCGGAACGGUGCAGUAGGAAAGCUCAAACUUGGAUUUGACACCUGGUCUGAAGAGGGAACGUCACAUGUAACAUUGAGGUCAAAGGGUUGUGAGGAGAGGACAUUGAGAAACACUCACACACACACACUCUCCCAGAGCAUGCCUCUGAGUCCGCCAGCCGACGCCAAACAUGAGUCUCCCGACCGGCCACGGCAACAGCACACCCCUACCAACGGUAACCACGGAGACGACAGCAUUCGGGCCUCUCCCGGGAAAAAAACUGCCACGGAUCCCAUGGAGGAUCUCCACGGAAACGCUGCUGUCAUUCGCAUUGGAAUCCCUGACCUGCAGCAAACAAAAUGCAUACGUUUGGACCUGGAGGCGCCGGUGUGGGUUUGUAAGCAGCGCGUGCUGGUGACGCUCACGCAGAGCCUGACGGACGUCCUUAACUAUGGGCUCUACCUGCCCGCCUUCAACGGCCGCGCCGGCAAGUUUCUGGACGAGGAGAGGCAGCUGCAGGACUACCCUCUACCCACCAUCACCCCGGUCCCUUACCUCGAGUUCCGCUACAAGAGACGGGUGUACACACAAAGCUACGUGGAUGACAAGCAGUUGGCUAAACUUCACACCAAGGCCAACCUGAAGAAGUUCAUGGAGGUCGUUCAGCUGAGGUGUGUUGAAAAAGUGUCCAGGUUUCUGGAAAAAGGCCUGGACCCAAACUUCCAUGAUUCAGACAGUGGAGAGUCUCCCCUUACCCUAGCUGCACAGCUGGACUCCUGUGCUGAUCUGAUUAAAGUCCUGCGAAACGGAGGCGCCCACCUGGACUUCAGGACCAGGGAUGGCAUCACAGCGCUGCACAAGGCUGUGCAGUCCAGAAACCACGUUGCACUAACAACCCUGCUGGAUCUGGGGGCCUCAACUGACUACAAGGACAGUCGGGGUCUGACUCCUCUCUACCACAGUGCCAUGGUGGGUGGGGACCCAUACUGCUGCGAGCUACUGCUCUACGACCACGCCCAGCUGGGCCACAGCGAUGAGAAUGGCUGGCAGGAGAUCCAUCAGGCCUGUCGCCAUGGCAACGUGCAGCACCUGGAACACCUCUUAUUUUACGGAGCAGAGAUGAGUGCCCAAAAUGCCUCAGGAAACACAGCAUUGCACCUGUGUGCCCUCUACAACCAGGAUGGCUGUGCCAGAGUCCUGCUGUUUCGGGGAGCUAAUAAGGACGUUAAGAACUACAACAACCAGACAGCAUUUCAGGUUGCCAUCAUUGCAGGAAACUUUGACCUGGCAGAGAUCAUAAAGGUUCACAAGCUCUCAGAUGUUGUCCCUUUCAGGGAGAGCCCCUCCUACUCCGCCAGGCGUAGAGGCGGGGACAACGGUAGGUGUGUCUCCCCUCGUCGCUCCGCCCUGCUGCGCUCGGCCAGUGACAACGCUCUGGAUGACAAUCUGCCCGCCCCCUCGCCCGCACCUUCCUUGCGCAGCCUGCCUCCCCUGGAUGCCGAGGAGACCUCCCCUUCCCAGCGUGCCCCGCAGGGACCCAACACACACACACGCAGCCUCAGGAGACACACCCGCGGCCACCUCAGUCCUGGCAGUCCGGUGCAGAGGGAGCCCAGUCCUCCUGCGCCGUCGCGGGGGCCCAAGCGGAGGCUGUACAGCGCGGUGCCUGGCAGGACCUUCAUUGCUGUGAACUCACACACUCCGCAAGGGGAGGGGGAGAUAACGCUCAACCGCGGAGAGAGAGUCAAGGUGUUGAGUAUUGGAGAGGGAGGCUUCUGGGAGGGUUCUGUAAAAGGAAGGACUGGUUGGUUUCCUGCGCACUGUGUGGAGGAAGUUCAGAUGAGACAAUUCGACCCACGACUAGAAACACGGGAGGACCGGACCAAGAGGCUGUUCAGGCACUACACAGUGGGCUCCUAUGACAACUAUACCUCCUACAGUGAUUAUGUCAUUGAGGAGAAGAGUGCCACCCUGCAGAAGAGAGAGAAUGAGGGCUUCGGCUUUGUCCUCCGCGGAGCAAAAGCUGAGACACCGAUCGAGGAGUUCGCACCAACUCCAGCGUUUCCUGCCCUCCAGUACCUCGAGUCUGUGGACCUGGAGGGUAUUGCCUGGAGAGCGGGGCUUAGAACAGGAGACUUCCUGAUUGAGGUGAAUGGAGUGAGUGUGGUGAAGGUAGGACACAGACAGGUGGUGUCUCUGAUCCGACAGGGAGGCAGCUGCCUGGUCAUGAAGGUUGUGUCUGUGUCUCGCAAGCCAGAUACCGGAGAUGUAGUCCGCAAGAAAGCUCCCCCGCCCCCCAGGAGAGACCCCAGCACGAGCCUGACCCUGCGGUCCAAGAGCAUGACCUCUGAGCUGGAGGAGUUGGCAUCCAUGCGGAGGCGAAGAGGGGAGAAGCUGGAUGAGAUGCUGAGCAGCAAAGAGCCAGUGGUGGUGAUGAGGCCACGCCCCUCAGAGGCGGACUCUCGUGCCGCCACCGUCAAGCAGAGACCAAUCAGCCGGAGAAUCACACAGGCAGAGAUUAGUAAUCUCAUGGAGAGGCAAGGAAUGUCUCCACCUUCUGGGCUGGGUUUGGAUAAAAGUCACAUGCAGCUGCCUAGAGGAAUGUCCAGAACCAAAUCCUUUGAGAUGUUUCACACAGGAGCCCCUGAGGAUGACAGAAUCUCCGCUCUGAUUGGAGAGCACCGGUUUCCACGGAGCUCUUCCAUGACGGACAGCUUCCAUAGCAUCCCACCCCCGCCUCAGACCGCUCCCCCUCCACCCCCGGCUCCUUACUACAUGGACUCGGGCCCGCCUCCAGCCUUCCUUCCCCCACCCCCUCCGUCCCGCACGGCCAAUCAGUCGCGCUCGAGCUUCCGGCCAGGCGCGGAGCCCAAGCUGCACGGGCCGGUGACGACGGACAGGCAGAGGAAAGCCCGCUCCAUGAUUAUCCUGCAGGACACCGCCCACCUGCCCGUCGAAGCCACCGCCAUCGCCCGCCCGGCCACGCCCACCUCGGCCCACGGCCAGCAGGAGCGAGGGCGUCGGCGGAACCCCGCCGUGGAGAACCCGUACGCCAACGUGGGCCGUCUGAGUACGCUUUACACGCCCGCCAAGCCCCAGCGCAGGAAGAGCCCGCUGGUCAAGCAGGGCCAGGUGGAGGAGGGCGGGGUGGGCGGAGGCAGUCAGGAGAGGGUGGUGAUCCGGGAGCCGUCUCCUGUCGGGACAUUGCGGAUCCCGCACAGCAGUCGGGCGGAGCAGUUCCAGCAGCAGGUGCUGUCGGAGCGCGCCCGCAUAAUUCCGCCGGGGGCGCGCCGCCGCCCCAGCGUCUUCCUGUCCGUGGAAGGGGGCGCCACUGAGCCGCUGACGGCCCCGUUGCAUUCGCAGUCCCACUCCAUGGACGAGCUGGCCGAGCUGCCCCCGCCUGCGCCCAUGCUCUCGCCCGGCCCCCCGCCCGGAGGCUCCACCUUCAUCCACCCGCUCACCGGGCGACCCCUCGACCCCGCGUCCCCACUUGCGUUGGCCCUCGCCGCACGAGAGCGGGCGCUGAGCGGAAGAACCACGCCCACCACGCCGACCACGCCCUCGCCGUCACCCACACCCAGCCAAGGCCGAGGGGCGGAGAGACCCGAGACGGAAGGUGGGGCCACUACGCCGACAGCAGUGGAGGCCACGCCGCCUCAGUCCUGGAGGGACGAGCCUAUCAGCAUCAUCGAAACCCCGCCCAGCGAGAUCAUUAUCAGUAGAAGCAGCCCGGUGUCGGGGCGGAGUCCCGAGGAGACGCCCGCCCCUUCCAGCCUGACGGACACUGAGCACAGUCCAACCACGGUCCGAGUUCCCUCCCCGGCCCCGCCCCUGGCCAUCUUAUCAGGGCGGAGCAUGACCAUGAGCUCGGAGGAGGAGGCGGAGCCGUACACCGUGACCCUCCCCCCGGCCUUGCUGUCGUCCAGCGACGAGGAGACGCGCGAGGAGCUCCGCAAGAUCGGCCUGGUCCCUCCACCGGAGCCCUUCUCCAACGGCCUGAUGAUGAAAGACGCGCCCAUCAAAUCCCCCCUCACACUCGCCGCCACCAGCCCCCGCCCUGUGGUUGCUGCUGCUGCUGCUGCGGCCACCGUGGCAACCUCCGCUGCCUCAGCCUCCUCCUCCUCGGGGGGCAAGUGUGACUCGGCCGCCGACUCCGGCGUGGAGGACCCGCACCUCGAGACCACCAGCACCGUGUCCACCGUCUCCAGCAUGUCCACGCUGUCCUCCGAGAGCGCCGACUCGGCGCACGCCAAGCCAAAGUGCGUGGUGGCCCGGGGACGUCCGGCGGCGCUGCUGCGCGACCCGCUGCUCAAGCAGUCGUCCGACAGCGAGCUGCUCCCCCACGUGCAGGGCGGUGCGGGGACCCCCGGGAGGCCGCGCUACCUCUUCCAGAGGCGCUCCAAGCUGUGGGGGGAGGUGGAGCCGCGCACCGCGCAGCAGCAAGAGGCAGGGGCGGGGACCAACGAGGGCCGGCCGGCAGCCAUGGGCGCGGAGCUCCUGGGCAAGGACUCACACUCGCUCGGGGAGGAGCCUAUCGUCGGGGCAGCUCUCGACCCCGGUAGGAGGUCCCCUGUGGGAGGGGCAAGAUGUGAGGAGGAGGACGGAGAGAGUAAAUCGUUGUUCAGCAGUCUGGGGGAGCUGCACACCAUCUCCCAGCGUAGCUACGGAACCACCUUCACCAUCCGCCCAGGCACCCGCUACCCGGUGACGCGUCGCACGCCCAGCCCCGGUGCCACGCCCGAACGCAGCGAGCCGCUGGGCCCUGUGCGCACUUUCGGCUCCCCCCAGCACCCCCACCACCACCACCACACCAUCCUCAAGUCGUCCAGCCUCAGCCUGCCGCAGGAGCCCAAGGAGGUACGCUUCGUCAUGCGCAGCGCUAGCGCCCGCGCCCGCAGCCGCUCGCCGUCACCUUCGCCGUGCGCCUCGCCGUGCCCUUCGCCCGUGCUGGGGGGCCCGCUCAUGGCGCUGCGGCCCUUCCGCCAGCGCCCGCUGGCGCUGUGGAACAAGUACGACGUCGGGGACUGGCUGGAGAGCGUGGGGCUGGGCGAGCAUCGCCCGCGCUUCCUGGAGCACGAGAUCGAGGGCGCGCACCUGCCCGCGCUCACCAAGGACGACCUGGCCGAGCUAGGGGUGACGCGCGUCGGGCACCGCAUGAACAUCGAGCGCGCGCUCAAGCAGCUGCUGGAGCCUUGAGGCCGCCGCAACACUCGCCGCUCCUCCUCGUGGCCACUGCACAAGUUGAAACAUCGUCUCCGUACAGAUGUAGUAUUUACACUGGAGUCCGGCACAGUUGUUGCACAACCCCCUUCCAAUAAUCCAAACACAGCCACCGACAAUCCACCCCACCCCACAAAUUGCCACCCGCCCACUCACCCCCAUCCCCCCUCCCUCCACACACAUCAACACAGAAAAACAACCCACUAAAAAUGAACAUGCAUACCAUACAUGGAAUUUAUAAAAUAACAUGGGGUAUAGUAUCCAUACCCCACACCCCUUCCCCCCAGAACACAUAAAUAAAUAAAGACCCCACUAACAGCCACGUAACAUCCUCACUUUCCUAAUUACUUUUCUCAGUCACAGAAUCAGCGUAUAUCUACCCUCUGACUAGUCCAAACUGUUGGUUUAUCACCUCCUUCCCUUACCAGGUUAUCCCAGUCCAGUUAGUCGCUGUGGUUUAACAGAAGACUGGGUUUGAACCGACUGGGCCUGGGUUUACUGAGGCUGAUUUAAAGUAAAAAGUAAUGAUUGAGAUCUAUGGUGAAGGAGAUUGAGAUCUAUGGUGAAGGAGAUUGCCUUUGGAGAGCUUUCUGCUCUCUACCUUUUUAAGCAACCUUUGAGCAGACUCUGCCUCCAUCUAGAUUUAAUAAAAAUGAAAGUAUUUUCAGCUAACUUUUAUAUGUAUGAAUUAAAACAGGUUAUAUAUUUAAGAUGGAUCGAAUUGUAUUGCGUAUGAAUGCAAACUGAAGUUUAACUUCACAAUUUAACCUUAUAUUGUGUCUUUAAAAAGUUUGUGGUAGUUAAUUUGGUCAGAUUUUCAGCUAUUUUACCUUUGAAGCAAAGUCCCUUAUCACAAUUAUUGCUUUCUAUUAAUCUGUGCUUUAUGACUAAUAUGAUGUUCCCAAUAUAUUUAUUUUAUUCUGUUUACAAAGUCAUCUCAGAAAUGUUGUUGGAAGAAGGCAUUUGAGAAAUAAGUAAAUGUGGCAGAUGUCUGUAAAUAUGUUAUUUUUUCUUUCUUUCUUUCUUUUCCACUCAAACAGAAGCAAUGAAAAUGUGUGUUAUUUACAUGCUGACUAUGAUUGCUCUGAGGGCUGUGAUGUUUGCUCACCUCUGUGAAUGACAUACAAAGAUCAGGUGCUAUGUUACAAAGCCAUCUGCACACACACACACACACACAAGCUCACACCUACACAUAUAUCCAGUUACACAAUUAGUCAGUAAUGAAAACGUGCAUGCAUACACAAGUGCUUAAUCUCAUAUCUGCAGUGUACAAAAUGACGCACGUAAAAACAGGACACAUGCAAAGGCAAAACACGAGGAUAGCGUUGCCAUUCCAACAGUCAGUAUGUUAGAGGGCUCAUAGGUCUACUCAUAUUCACAUCCCACAAACGGCAGAAGUACCUCAAACACACAAACACGUAUGCACGCACGCGCUAACACACACAGACACACACACCCUUGGGCUUGAACAGGCCGACAAUCUUAUUCAUGCAGCAUGUGAAUAUGUGUCCGCAGUGUGUGGUUGAACUGUUCUGGCAAGUGACAAUGGACAGCAUCCGCCACAUUCAUAUACAAAAAUGGAAUACGUCUCCAAAAAAAAGGACUAAACCUUUUUGGUAUUUAUUGUUGGACUCUAAAUCAAAUGUUGGCCGAUAUCUACUCUAAACGGAAAAAACAUGUACCAAAUAUUACAACUGGCGUUACGUGUGUGUCUUUGAAAAACUUUCUUCAAUUCUCAGGCUGUAUGGAGUGGAUAAGGUGCUCUAGCGCCCUCGUCUGGACAUAACGAUGGAGCUCUCUCGUUUCUCGUUUUUGUACAGACAGAAAGCCGUUCAAUCCAACCGUUUUUCUAACAAAUGGAAAUCAAUAGGACCUUGUUGGAAUUCAAUGGACAUUUGUAUUCGUAAACUAAUUUUGUGGACAAUAUACGGAACGAAAACAGGGUUUAUCAGACAUAGCCUUUUCAAGUUGAAAUUAUAACUGUUCAAUAUUUUGAGCCCUGACAAAAUAGAAUUGCUUAAUUCUGAAUCUA